AUGCACAGGAGAAGAGCAGGAAGAGGGGCUGGCUCUUGGGCAGGGAGGAGGCUGAGGUGUCUGCGCGCCAUCGCCUCCGCCACCGUGAGUCAGGCUCUGGCUGCAGCCGCGGCCCGGCCUGGCGCUGCGGAACGCGCACCGGCAGCGGGGGAGGCAGUGGCGCCGCCGAGCCCCGCGCUCCCCGCCCCCAAGGUUGGGCAGCUGGGACGCAGAUCCGCGGACAGAUACCGGCCGGGACGGCGGAAGGACGCGCGCUACGAGUCGUCGCCAGUAGGUGAGGGCGCGCGGUCCGGGAGGCUGCCGCAGACCCGGCCCAAACCGGGACCGCGCAGCCCGGGCCGCAGCCCCGGGUGCUCGGCGGUCAGUGCUCGGUGGCGCAGGGCGCGAGAGCCUGGCCGCCUCUUGGAACCGUCGUUGUGCGUCUGUUCGUGGCACCGGGGAUGGGGGAGUGAGGGGCUCCGGGUGACACUGUGCGUGCUUGGGGUGCCCGCCCGUGCGGCUGUGCGUGUCGCGCUGUGGGUCACGGUGGGCAGUUGUUUACCUGGCGCGUCUGGGCGCGCGGGCGUGCCGGGGCCGGAGAGCCCGGCGGGUGGUGCUGGCGUCUGUGCGUCUCUGCCAGCGCUGCACAUUCUGCUAGUUGGUGAGCAGAGCGGUGUCAUUGGCCCCGGCCAGUGCCCAGCCCAGCUGGGAGCCACGGCCAGCACCACGGACGGCGCCCAGGAAGCCCGAGUCCCCCUGGACGGGGCCUUCUGGAUUCCCAGGCCCCCAGCAGGUUCGCCCAAGGGCUGCUUCGCCUGUGUGUCCAAGCCACCUGCCCUGCAGGCUGCAGCCGCCCCGGCCCCUGAACCCUCGGCCUCACCUCCCAUGGCGCCCACUCUGUUCCCCAUGGAAUCUAAAAGUAGCAAGACCGACAGUGUUCGGGCAGCUGGUGCCCCCCAGGCCUGCAAACACUUAGCAGAGAAGAAGACGAUGACAAACCCCACCACGGUCAUCGAGGUCUACCCUGACACCACCGAGGUGAACGACUACUAUCUGUGGUCCAUCUUCAACUUCGUCUACCUCAACUUCUGCUGCCUGGGCUUCAUCGCCCUGGCCUACUCCCUUAAAGUUCGGGACAAGAAGCUCCUCAAUGAUCUGAACGGAGCUGUGGAAGAUGCCAAGACAGCAAGGCUGUUCAACAUCACCAGCUCUGCGCUGGCAGCCUCCUGCAUCAUCCUCAUCUUCAUUUUCCUGCGGUACCCCCUCAGCGACUACUGAGCCUGGCAGGCUUAAGCCUGGAGACUCAUGGUGAUGGAGACUCAGGAUGCUGAGAACAUGGGGCAGAAUGGGCUUCUGCCAAAGCCCAGAACUGUGCACAGCAGCCAAGAGGCCAGAAGCUGAGUGCCUACCAGAGCUGCUGUUCCUCCCAGCCACCCUGUCUGCCUCCUGCCCCUGCCCUGCGGUCACUGGGACCCUGGGCUUCCUCCCACACUGCUCUGCUGCCAGCGGCUGCCAUCCCUGCCCCCACGCACCUUGCCCAGGCUCCUGGGCCCCUCAGACACCCAGUAAGAAGGGCUGACAUGGGAGCUCCCAGGAUGGGGACUGUGAGCACUAGGAGCUCCCUCACUCCCAACCCUGGCCUCCUCCAAGCUGUGACCCUGCUCCAAGCUCUUGUAUCUGUGAACUUUCAAUAAAACACCUGUCCAGCUCAA